AUGAGCAGCCGAAGAAUCAUCGUUUCGAUAGAUUUCGGAACGACUUACUCAGGGGUUGCUUGGGCCGACACAACUCGACCCGAUGUUCAACAUGUUGUGACGAGCUGGCCCGCCGUCGGCUCCUCCAAGAGCAGUCCCAAGGUGCCGACCGAGCUCCGGAAGGUCGCCAACGGAUGGCAAUGGGGAUUUCAAAUUCCCGAGUCGGCCAAGAGAAGUAAAUACUUCAAACUGAAGCUAGACGACACUGGCCAAAUAACCAAGGAUGGAGAGUCAGCUCAAGAUCUGACCAAGGUAUACCUAUCAUGCCUCCACGCGCAUUUCGUCACCAUUCUGGAGGCACGGUUGUCGCCAAGUGUAGUGAGGUCGACCCCCAUGGACUUUGUUGUGACAGUUCCUGCGAUCUGGUCACCUGCGGCAAAGCAGGCCACAGAGCGGGCAGCUGCAAUGGCUGGAUUCUGUGGACAUCAAAGGAUUAUGCUUAUUUCGGAACCGGAAGCAGCAGCACUCUAUACCCUCAAGACUCUGAGCCCUGCCACGUUACAAGUAGGGCGCAAGUUUGUUGUUUGUGACGCAGGAGGUGGCACUGUCGAUCUGAUCUCCUAUCAAGUCGCACAAGUCGGCAAGCUCGAGGUCAACGAAGUCACAGAGGGCACUGGUGGGAAGUGCGGCUCCUCGAUGCUCAACACCCGCUUCCGCCGGCAUCUGAAGCAAACCCAUGGUGAAAAGUACUGGACUGAUGAGAGGCUCAUAGUCGCUCUGAACGAAUUUGAGUCGUUCAAGAAGACCUUUUCUCCCAAGGGCGAGCCCCUGACAAUCAAGGUCGAACCCAGCCUUGGUCUGCGGCGAAACCGGUACACAAUGUCACAGGAGGACAUGAAGACCAAGAUCUUUGAACCUAUCAUGAAAGAUAUUGUCUGCCUCAUCAAGGAGCAAAUCAAGAUGGCAGGAGAUGGUGUUGCUGCUGUGAUCAUGGUUGGAGGAUUUGGCCAGAGCCGGUAUCUCAAGUCCCGUGUGCGGGAGGCCAUCUCAUCCAAAACCGAGGUUCUUCAACCGGAGAGCGGAUGGACGGCUGUCGUCAAGGGCGCGGCAAUCCACGGACUCAGUCGGUACUCGCCAGCAAUAUCCCGAGUCGAGGUUGCAUCCCGAGUUGCGAGAAGAUCGUACGGAGUAUGCUUGCUGACCAAGUACGAUAUGAUGAGGCAUGAUCCGAAGGAAGCUUUCUGGUCCGAAAAGGAGCAGGAGACGGUAGUCACUGAAAUGUGCUGGUUCAUCAGAAAGGGCGAGUCUUACCCCGAGGGUAAACCGUCAACAAUCGAGUAUCAGUGUGACCUUCCCGUCAUGCUUGGCCAUGAGCCACAGACCGAGAUCGAAAUAUUCAGUCACAGCGACGACUCAAAGACCCCCAUCCACCUGGACUCAAGCACACAGUAUAUCGGGACGCUCUCGCUUGACUUGAAAAAGAUACCUGCCUCUGCCAAGAGAACUGCCAAGGUCAGGCGCAUGGGAUGGCAUCGGUACUAUUGUCUCAAGGGAGUCAUCGAAGCCAGUUAUGGGUCAGCAGAAAUCACAUACAAGGUCAAACUUGGAGGAGUUACGCAUGAUGUGGUAACUGUCCGGUACGAACGGUAA